UAAAGGCUAUCUUAUGGAUAAAUAUCCAAGCUGGCACUUUAUGCUGUUUAGACACGGAUAAAGAGUAUCUUAUGGAUAAAUAUCCAAGCUGGUACUUUAUGCUGUUCAGACACGGAUAAAGAGUAUCUUAUGGAUAAAUAUCCAAGCUGUUAGUUUAUUCUUUGAAACACAAAUGAAAACUAGUAUAUAAGUAGUAUAUGAAUAAAUAUUUUGUAAAAAGAAGACACAAAUCAAAAUGUGAAAUAAAAAACAUCCUGCAAGAAAAUGAUAUUUUCAUUCAUGAUAUUAGCAUCUAUAAUUGUUUCCGCAACAUUAUUUGAUGUUGCAUUGAAAAUCGAAGAUGAAAAAGGCCCAUUGUUGUAUAAUUUAAACUCCACUACUAUAAAAAGAUUUUAUGUAUGCCUGUGUGAUGACAGAAAUGAAGCGUGUAGAAUAAUACAUCAAUCGUAUGUGGAAAUUGAUCCGAUUGAAGAUCCUGAUAAUUUCUCUCAUUUAAAAAAUGACUACUUAUGUUACUUCAUGGAGUCUAACUUUAAAUGUAAACGAUUUACAGUCAAUUCCAAAAAAAUUAUUUGUACUGAUGCCAGCGACCGAAACUGCAUAGAAAUAGCUUUGAUUGCACAUGGCAGUUCUUGCCAAAUAGGACCUGUAAACCUGUGGGGGUUGCGAUCCAAAACAUUUUCACUUCAGUCUUAUACAAAAGAAAUUAGUGAUUUAUUUUUUUGCGCAGCAUGUGCAAGCUCACCACAAGAUAAAGAAGAGAAAAAAGAAAAUGGUUCAAACAAUCAGGAAAGCAAACUUGUUAUAAUUAUUAUUAUUGUCAGUUCCAUCUGCGGUGCUGCAAUUCUAUGUAUUGUGCUCACGAUAGUUAUAUUGUGCAUAAAAAGACAUAAAAAGCAAAUUACACGAAGUGUGGAGAUUCCAGAAGCCGUUGAGGUUCACUCUACUCAAAGUAGGCACCAAGAACAAGAGAGGGACUCAGUUCACGAUUAUGGUUCAGUUAUUUUUUCCUUACGUGAUUAUCUGGCACCUAGAAAUGUCAGUAAAGAUCAAGUGCUAUCAGGUGACCAACAGAUGACACGGGAAGAGACAGGGUUUGACAAGGUGGCUAUCGUCGAUGACAUGAACAAUAUUGAAGGUAGUAAUCCUGUCACAAGCAGCGAAAUUUUACAAGAUGUCAGGGACAACCAAGAUGUUUGCAGGCAACAGUAGUGAUCCCUUGUGCAAGGCCAUCGGUGUUGACGCCAGCA